UAAUUUUAACCUAUAUAAUCUAAUAUUAACAACUAUUGUUUUGAUCAAAGAGAACAUAAUUGAAGGGAUGUGUUGACAACCGGUGUUAAUAUUUUGUAUUAUAAAACGCAAAAGAAAGACAAUGAUUACACGGGUUGUUACAGCAUGCAUGCUUCUGGUGGUGGUCGUGUCACAGGAUCCUGGGUUUAAUGACACAUGUGUGAAAGGAAUGUAUCCGCCUCCAGCUCAACGAGGUGUGAAAGAAUAUGUUCUGAACUUGGAUCUGCCUCCAGAACAAAGAUGGCAACAAAUUGCUUCUGAGAAAAGACAUGAGAUUGUUGCGUUGAUAAUAGAGUUUAAGAAGUUUCUCAUGGAAUGGGGAAGUGGGGAAAUAAUCACAAUUGUGGAUUUCUUAGGUGAUAAUAUUGAUGCUAUAUUACCAAAUCCAUACAGGGAUGAAAUUAAAGGAAUAGCAAACGCUACCGGAAUAUAUGAAGGAGAGAUAUUUGUAUACAAUAUUUUCUACGAGUUGUUCACUGUCUGUACGUCUAUCAUAGCACAUGACUCAACAGGAAAAAUGUACCAUGUCAGAAACCUCGACUUCGGACUGUUUCUAGGAUGGGACCCUAAGAAUCGUACAUGGCAGUUGACUGAUAUGUUACGACCAGCCAUUGUAAACGUAGACUGGCAGCGUGGCGGGAAGACGGUGUUUAAAUCUGUCAACUAUGCCGGAUAUGUCGGUGUUCUUACUGCCAUCAAACCGAAUAAGUUUACAUUCAGUUUAGACGAGAGAUUCAGUGUAGAUGGCGGUUAUCUUGGUAUUCUGGUUUAUAUUCUCGAAAAAACGGGUAGUUGGACAAGUCUUUUGGCACGAGAAGUAUUUGAAAACGCGAUUGAUUUUGCUGAUGCACGUGACAAACUAGCCAAUACCCAGCUUAUAGCUCCAGGUUACUUUAUACUGGGCGGGACCAAACCUGGAGAGGGAGUUGUUAUCACACGGAACCGCGAGGUUAAUGGUACGGACAUUUGGGCGAUGACGGACAAAACGGCUGGUGGCUGGUUUAUUCUGGAGACAAAUUAUGACCAUUGGAAGAAACCGCUCGUCGUUGACAACAGAAGAGAUCCUGCCAUAAACUGUACACAGAAAAUGGGUAUACAGAAUGCAGGUUUUGCCGGUCUAUUUAAUGUUCUGUCAUCUAAACCAGUAUUAAACAAGUUAACCACUUAUAGUGCCCUGAUGGAGGUGGAUUCUGGGAAACUUGAAACUUGGUUACAAUAUUGUCCUGACCCGUGUGAACCCUGGUAGUCAUGGUAACAUAGCAAGGAGAUCGGAUGGAUGGAUUGAUCAUUCAGACAUUUUUUUCAAGUAUAUAAAAUGUAAAAAAUAUUUUGAUGGUAAUGAUUCAGAUGUGAUGUAAUAAUUAAGCAAGAAGUGACGUAAUAAAUUAAUUUAUUAUACAAUAUAUCACAGCUCUGAUAAUACUCUAAAUACAUGUCAAUGAUGUCACACUCCUCCAAAAUAAUGUUCAUAAUCUACAUCUAUUUCAUUAUCAAGAAUUUAAACAUGAAAAUUGUCUACGCUGAAAUAGUUAAUAUCCUGAUAUGAACACUAAUUAUAAAAAAGUAAGAUUUGUUUAUAUAUAUAAAUAAUAUAAUAAUAAAUAAUGUCAAACAAUAAAAUGUUAUGAUCCGAAUCUAUUAGCAUAUUCACGUAAUUGACUUGUCAGAUCAGUUAAUAAAACUUUCUUGUACAUUA